AUGUCAAGCUUCGCCUGGGGCUAUUCUUUCGGGAAACACAGGGAACCUGUCAGCAACACCAAUGAAAAGCCUAUCAAGGAUGACCAAGCUCUGAGAACAAAACUGAAGCGUACGAUGUGCAAUCCUCUUCUCUGGAAGUUGUUGUGGCUGACGAUCAUGACAUAUNNAGAGGCCAGUAAGAAUGUUCCCAAGUAUCUCUUCCGCGUGUGGGAUGCAGAGUCAGGCGGCAAUCGCAAGCUCAACUCCACUACUGCCAUUACACCUCUGGCCUUUGCCUCAUCGAAAGGUCACGAUUCCGUCUACGAGAUGACUCGAUCCGAGUUCACCAAGAACACCUUGUCGCAUCUGGCAGGCAGCAUCGUUCUGACUGAAUUCUCUUCCUGGUCUCACUCGCCAUACUUUGCAUUCUACUAUGCCCACCAGCGUGAAUCGUCUGGCACUGUUCAUGUCGCCAUCAUUGACACUGAGGAGUUGGCCAAGUCCAAUCCUGCUUUCCACGUGCCUGCCUUGGGUAAGAUUCUGGGCUGUGGUGGAUAUAUCUACGAAGAAGAGUAUCUCAUUCAUGGCGUGAUCGAGGGACCAUUCUACAAGGCUGUGCCUUACGGCAAGUUGUGCGAGCUAGGUUUGCUCAAACACCUACCUGCACUGCGCAUGAACUACAUCGACCCCUUUGACGUCCACGGGAUCCGCGCUAUACCUGGUGAAGAAAUGGACUACACGAUCGCCGAACUGGGCCAACUCAGAAGCAUCGCUUUCUCCUACGGCGAUGUCUUCUCCCUCCCUAUGGCCAUCGUUUUGUUUUGCUGCAAGAAGCGCCCUGAUUACUGGUCGCAACUCAGUGCUUCUGAUCUCGAAACCAUCAUCAAGGUGCUCGGUGGCUGGAAAGAGAUACCUCAGGACUGGUGCAGCUCCCGCAGUGUGUUCAGCAAGACUGUCUAUCCGGCAAAUUGGGAGGCGAACAAGCAGGUCCAGAAUCUCAUGCAUGCACUGAACACUCAUUGCUAUGGCAGAGGCGCUAGAGGCAAUGCGGCCAGGUAUGCCGCCAAGAACGAGAAUGCUGAGAUUGAGGAGGAUGUUUCUGGAGCUGCGGUCGAAGAGGAUCUUGCUGGAGCGAUAGCUUCGAUGAGCGUGAGUCGUGGUAAUGCUGCUGAGCCACCCACUAAGGAUCAUGCGGACACGAAGAUCGCCAGAAUGCCUACACAGAAGAGAGCUCGAGGCUCUACUGGUAGAAAGUAG